GGUUUUUAUGUAAUUAGAAAUUACAAUUUUUGUUAUGAGUCGUUUAGCAGCGCCUCUCUCUUUAAGGCGGGGCUUAUGUCAUCACGUGACGUGAAUGACAGCUUAGCCGAAUUUCUCCAGUGUGUUUCCGUUAGAUCUGGGAGGGUGAUGGUCAGAGUUUAUGUUUUACAGAUGAACAGUCUGCUGUGACCGUGAAUAGAUGAGAGUCGACAGAACAAGACCGGAGACUGUUAGAAUAAUGCUUCAGCUGCCGUAACGUGCUUUACAAUGGCCAUCAGGGAAUUGAAAGUUUGUCUGCUAGGGGACACUGGAGUCGGGAAAUCAAGUAUUGUGUGUCGAUUUGUUCAAGAUCACUUUGACCACAACAUCAGUCCAACAAUAGGUGCAUCAUUUUUAACUAAGACCGUCCCAUGUGGAAAUGAACUUCACAAGUUUCUGAUCUGGGACACCGCAGGGCAGGAACGGUUUCAUUCGUUGGCUCCCAUGUAUUACAGAGGCUCUGCAGCAGCCGUCGUUGUGUAUGACAUCACUAAGCUCGAGUCUUUCCAGACGUUAAAGAAGUGGGUAAAGGAGCUGAAGGAACAUGGGCCGGAGGAUAUUGUUGUGGCCAUAGCAGGAAAUAAGAACGAUCUGGGUGACAUCAGGGAAGUUCCAACUAAAGAGGCGAAAGAUUUUGCAGAGUCAAUUGCUGCCAUAUUUAUGGAGACCAGUGCCAGAAAUGCAGUUAACAUAGAGGAGCUGUUCCAGAAAAUCAGUCGACAGAUCCCUCCGCUGGAGAACACGGACGCUGACAGUCACGACUCCUUCAAACUGACACGACAGCCUCCUCCCUCCACCAAACGCUGCUGUUAGACAUCCGCAAGUCACUGCAAACACCCUAGAGUAGGCUUUUCUGUGGGAUCUGACCCAUGUGGUGACCCAAACAUCAAAUGAGGAUGGCAAACAUGUGCAUUACAGUAGAAAACACAUUAACAGUUGUUUACCAAGUCAUGAUGUGUUCUGGAUAUUGCAGUGAUGCUGAGCAACUUUAGGAGGUGAGUUUUCUAAACUUGAAAUAGUUUUCAUAUCAAGUUUUUUUAAAUGCAAUAUUGUGUCAUUUAAAUGCUGUCUUUCUAGUAGUAGUUAGUGCUGUGUUUACACAAUAAUAAGUGCCUUAGGAAUGC